AUGGGUCGACUCGUUGGGCUGGAGUUGCAUAACUUCAAAUCCUACAAAGGGACUGUGAAAGUGGGAUUUGGAGAUUCGAAUUUCACGAGUAUCAUCGGGCCUAAUGGUUCGGGGAAAUCGAACAUGAUGGAUGCGAUCUCCUUCGUGCUUGGUGUUAGGAGCAGGCAUCUGAGAUCGAGCGCUGUGAAAGAUCUGAUCUAUCGCGGGGUAGUGGCAGAAGAUGACGAAGACCGUGAUGUUGAGUCAGAGGAUAGUCCUGCCACUGCUCAUGUCAAAGCUUUCUACAUGAAGGGCGAUCUGACGGUAGAAUUGAGCAGGCACAUAUCGAAGAAUGGAGAUACAAUGUAUAAGAUGAACGGCGAGGCAGUCAGUUAUAAGAGAUACGCAGAUUUCUUGGAAGAAGAGAACAUCUUAAUUAAGGCUAAGAAUUUCUUGGUGUUUCAAGGUGACGUUGUCCAAAUAGCCUCUCAGUCAGCUGUCGAACUGACAAAUCUUUUGGAAGAAGUUUCGGGGUCGAUUCAAUACAAGAAAGAGUAUGAUAUGCUGAAAGAGAAAGUGGAAACACUUGGACAAUCUACAGCGGAAAUGAUCAAGAACAGGCGAAGAAUCCACGCUGAGAUGAGGACCUACAAGGAAGGUAUCAAUAAGAAUGAAGAGUUCGAGAAGCAGGUCAAUCGCAAGGUAGAACUUGAGAAGCAUCAAGCACUAUGGCAAUUAUAUGAGCUGGAACAACGGAAGUCAGAGAACAAGCAGAAAUUAUCCGAAUGCGAGAAUCGAAUGAAAACUUUGAAGGGGAAGAUUGCUAGCGAAGAGAAAAGAUUAGAGAAAGCCAAAGCUGCUCUUGUCAGGGAAAACGCCCUAAUCACAAAACAAAAGAGCACGUUGACGUAUAAAAUCAAAGAUAAAGAACAAGUCGAGGGCCAGUUGUUGCCCAUCAGGUUAUCGCAGCGCACUGCUACCAAGCGCAUUAGCAAUUUAGAAAACAGAAUUGAAGCUAUGAAAAGAGAUAUUGAACGACAGCAGUCAUAUGUCGAAAGAUUCAGAAAUCAAUUACAAGUUGUGACGAGAGCCAAGGAAACCUACGAAGCUGAAAUUCGAAAUUCAAAUAAACAGUCACAAGAUUAUCAGCUAAGUGAUGAUGAUCUGAAACUUUAUGCGUCUCUCAAGGAGAGUUACCUGAGUUCUGGAGGGUUCUCAAUAGAGAACAGAACAUCAUUACUCGAAAAUACCCGGAAGGAAAUUCUAGAUGAUGUUGAGCUAAUUCGGAAGAGGCAGGAUAUUUCAAAGAAUAGAAUUGCUGACGAGCUGUCUCCAGCAAAGGAGACACUGCAAUUACAAAUCAGCGAGUUAGAGGCAAGUUUAAACGAAAAAAACUCGUUACAAAGUGAUGAAAUCAAGGAAUUGAAACGUCUUCAAUCUGCAAUCGAGUCUUCAAGUAAUAAGGAAUACGAUUUGAACCAGAAACUCAGGGAGACGUUAAUAAAAAUCGACGACUUAAGUGCCAAUCAGCGAGAGACGAACAAUGAAAGGAAACUAAGAGAGAAUGUGGCAACGUUGAAAAGGUUCUUUCCUGGUGUUAGAGGACUAGUCUGCGAUCUUUGUCAGCCAAAGAAAGAAAAGUACGCUCUGUCUGUUUCCACUGUCCUGGGUAGGAAUUUUGAUUCGAUUAUCGUCGAUACUCUAGCAGUCGCUCAAGAUUGUAUUGCUUAUUUAAAGAAGCAACGGGCUGGCGUCGCUUCAUUCAUCCCGCUGGAUACAAUCGAUGUCGAAACACCUUCGCUCCCGGUUUCUGAAAGCUUGGGCUGCAUUCUGUCACUUAAUGCUAUAACGUUUGACCCAGAAUAUGAAAGAGCUAUGCAAUAUGUUUGUUCGGACUCAAUUAUUUGUGACACUUUAGAAGUCGCAAAGGAUCUCAAAUGGAACAAGAACGUCAAGGCAAAGCUGGUAACUUUGGAGGGGGCACUGAUAAAUAGAGCAGGCUUAAUGACAGGUGGUAUUUCAAAAGAAUCGACUAAUCGUUGGGACAAAGAAGAAUAUCAGAGCUUGAUGAACUUGAAAGACAGGCUAUUGGCUCAAAUUGAAGAAACCGCCUCAUAUAGUCGAGCUUGCUCCUCACGAGCUCGAGAACUUGAAGGCAGCAUAUCUAUACUGAACGCCGAGACUUCCAGUCUGCGAACACAAAUCGCUCAAUCGAAGCGGAAUUUACAAGAUCUGAACACUGACAUCAGUUAUCACCAGAAUCUAAUACGAGAUGAUUACGGUCCAAGAAUUUCAGAAUUUCAGCAAAAACUCGAUGCUACCAACAAAUCCCUGGAAGACGUUGAAAAGGAAAAAAAUAACCUGCAAGCUGAGAUAUUUCGAGAGUUCACUGAUAGACUGGGUUUCAGCAUAAAGGAAUACGAAGCUCACUAUGGAGAUCUGAAGAGACAACAAAGUAAAGAAUUGCAAGAAUUACAAAAGCAGAUUUUGAAUGUCGAAAACAAGCUGCAGUUCGAAAACGAGAGGUUGACUGCGACGUCAAAGAGAUUUGAGAAGAGCCAAACCGACCUUCGGAGUGCGGUUGCUGAGCUGCAGUCGCUGCAGCAACAGGAGGAAGCAAUCGAUGCGGAGGUCAAGAAAUUCGAUGAAGGCAUUAGGAGUUAUCGAGAAAAGUUGAAGGAGCUUGAAGCAAAAGUAGCUGAAAAGCAACGUAGCAUGGGCUCGGCUGAAGAACUGCUUGCAGAACACCAUGCCACUCUAGAGAAUUUGAGAAGGGAAAGAGACGAAUCUCAAGAUUUACUGGAGAAAGAGGAUCUCGAAAGAAUGUGCGUUCUAAAAAACUGCAAACUAUCCAGUAUAGAAAUUCCGAUCAACUCCGACAUUGAUCUCCAAAGCCUGCCAAUUGAUAGGCUUGACAGCGAGGCCAUUCGAAUCUCCUCCGCAAUUGAAAUUGACUACGAUUCUUUGCCGGCCAAAUACAAGAACAAAAACGAGGAUGCUGUACGGAAGGAGUUUGAGAAGAACCUAAAGCAGAUUGACGAAACGCUCAGCUGUUUACAACCAAAUGCCAAAGCGACAGACAGGUUCAAUGAAGCACAGCACAAGUUCAGUUCCAUUAGCGCCGAGACAGAGCAACUUAGGAAAGAAGAGAAGAAAGUGCUGGCACAGUUCAUGAAGAUCAAGAAAAAGAGAAAGACCUUAUUCGAGAAAGCAUUUGAGUACGUUAGCGAUCACAUCGAUUCAGUGUACAGAGAACUGACCAAGAAUCCAAAUACCACCAGCGAGCUUGCAGGUGGCAGUGCCUCUUUGACGCUCGAAGAUGAAGACGAACCAUUCAACGCGGGAAUCAGAUACCACGCCACUCCACCGCUUAAGAGGUUCAAGGAUAUGGAAUAUCUGUCAGGUGGGGAGAAAACAGUGGCAGCACUCGCACUUCUCUUCACCAUAAAUGCAUACCAGCCGAGCCCAUUUUUCGUUCUAGAUGAAGUUGACGCUGCUUUAGAUACCGCCAACGUGGAGAGGAUCGCCACCUACAUCAAGAGGCAUGGUAACUCUAAUCUCCAAUUCAUCGUCAUCUCGCUGAAGAACUCGAUGUUCGAAAAAUCCGAUGGUCUUGUCGGGGUCUACAGACAGCAGGAAUUGAACACCUCCAGAGUUGUAACGUUAAACCUCAAGAACUACGCCGAUUGA